GCCGGGCGGCAGCAGGUGGCUGCGCUCCGCACCGCUCGGUUCCGUGCUGCGCUCCCUCCUCGCCCUGCUUCACAUCGUCCUGCCGCCUCACCGCGGCCCCCGCUGCAGCCAAGACGCCGCGGGCCGUGCUCCGAGUGAAGAAUGGGGCGGCGAAGCUGGCCAAGCCGCCGCCGGCGGCGGCGGGCGAGGCCCCCGGCGGCGCCCCCGGAUCCGGGCUCUUCAUGGAGCGUUCGCAGAGCCGCCUCAGCCUCUCCGCCUCCUUCGAGGCCCUGGCCAUCUACUUCCCCUGCAUGAACAGCUUCGACGAGGAGGACGCGGAUGGGGAUGGUCGGAGACUGAAAGGAGCCAUCCAGAGGAGCACAGAAACUGGGCUGGCUGUGGAGAUGCCCAGCAGGACCGUCCGGCAGGCCAGCCACGAGUCCAUCGAGGACAGCAUGAACAGCUACGGAUCCGAGGGGAACUUGAAUUUCAGUGGAGUCCAUCUGGCAUCUGCUGGGCAGUUCAGUGACUUCCUGGGGAGCAUGGGCCCUGCACAAUUUGUUGGGCGUCAGACCUUGGCCACCACCUCGAUGGGGGACGUGGAAAUUGGCUUGCAAGAGCGAAAUGGGCAGCUGGAAGUGGAUAUCAUUCAGGCUCGGGGACUGACACCGAAACCCGGCUCCAAAACACUGCCAGCUGCUUACAUCAAAGCUUACCUGCUGGAGAACGGUGUCUGCAUUGCCAAGAAGAAGACAAAAGUGGCUCGCAAGUCCCUGGACCCUUUGUACAAUCAGGUGUUGCUGUUUGCUGAGAGCCCCCAGGGCAAGGUAUUACAGGUGAUAGUCUGGGGCAACUACGGACGCAUGGAGCGCAAGCACUUCAUGGGAGUCGCCAGGGUCCUCCUGGAGGAACUGGAUCUGUCAACUUUAGCAAUUGGCUGGUACAAGCUCUUCCCAACCUCCUCGAUGGUAGAUCCCACUACGGGCCCGCUCCUGCGCCAGUCCUCACAGCUUUCCCUGGAGAGCACAGUGGGACCCUGCUGUGACAGGUCUUAGUGAGUAAGGAAGGGGGAACUGCUUUUGUUUUUUAAACAUGCUGUCAAGGUUUUGUUUGCUGGAACUCUGACCUCAAGUGCAAUGCAUGUUCAGUCAGUUCUUGUGGAGCUGGAAGAGGAGGAUAAACCAGUGACCUUAGACAGAAGACGAGGGGGAGGGCGCUGUGCCCUCUCCACCCGAGGAGGAGGUGCCGUGGGGCAUGAGUCCUAGUUGUCAAAUUAGACAUACACCUCUUGUUUCACUUCUCUCACUGUCAUUCUUGGACUCUUGUUUCAGACCAGUAUUAACCCUGGAAAGUUGGCAGCCUUUGGAAGAAUGUGGGGGAAGGAGUUUUCCUUUAACUGCGUGUCUUUAGCAAUUUCUAAUACAGAUUCUGUCACGAGAAGGUACCUGGAAAAUUCAGAGGCCAGUUAUGUGACCUGAAGUGAGCAGGAGCAGAAAGGUUAAGAGGGUUUUGGUUUGUUUGUUUAUUUGGCUUU